GUUUUGUCUCCUCCACCCCACGUCCAUCCUCAUCCACUUCAACCACGAUGAGCGACGACGAGCUCCGGACCGUUUUCCCCGCCGCGAGCGACCCAGCCAUUUUGGCAGAGCUCCGCUCCAUGGCCCAGGUCUACUCCAUCUCUGCGCAGGACCUAUUCUACAAACACGAGGCGUUCCUCCUCUCGCGUCCAUCGGGGUUGCGAGCCAAGCUCAGCACGUUCACCCUUGACGUAGCGCGCGAGCUGCGCAAAGAAAUCCAGCGCGAGUUUUCCGCCAAGCGCAUCGCGGCCACGCCCGACAAGGUCGGCGUGCGCAAGCGUCCGAUCAGCUCUGACUUCGGCGGCUUCCUUGACAGCCUCACACCGCAGCGACCCAACAAGCGGCUGAGCAAUUCGGGCAACCUCAUCAACCUUCCUUCACCCACGCCCGUCACCCACGCCACACCAUCUAGGACACCCGCCUCCGCGUCCACCUCGAGCGCCUACCGUCCCACCAAGCUCGGCGUUACUCCUGGCCGCGCCCCGCCCACCUCACCCAUUAGCGGCGGCGAGUCGCCAGGUGGCGGCCUCAAACCUACGGCUCAGCCUUUUAGCUCCCGACCACAGCCCCUAGAGCUCCUCGAAACGCUCAACCCGCACCUCCCGCCCGGCGAAGGCGUGCCUGCCGGCACAAGACCACGCGUUGCCAUUGCUACCACCGCCGACCCUAAGGACUGGGAGUACAGGUACAUGUUCGAGAAGAUCAGCGUUCGAUCCGAAGCGCUGGACGAGCAGAUCGAUGCGUUUGCUGAGGUGAUCAAGGAGUCGUACGCCCUCGCCGAUCUGGGCGACCCACACCUUCCAUCCGAGGACGAUAUUUACGUUGUGGGCCGCAUCCUCUCUCCGCCCACCGACACCGCUAAGGCUUCCAGCACAGCACUUUAUCUCCAGAGCUCACGUAUGCUCGGUGGCGGUCAUGUCGUGCCUUUGCGAUUUGCGCCGAGUGGCGAGCUCAAGGUGCGCGGCGGUGCCCCGGGUGUCCGAGGCUUCGGGUUGUUUCCCGGCGCCCUUGUUUGCGUGAUGGGGCGCAACGGCGGUGGCAAUGCAUUUGUCGUGCAAGAGGUGCUCCAGCCCCCACCCUCUCUACCGGUGAUGACGCCCCGCGAUGAGCUGCUGGACUACCAGCAAGGCGAGCGUCUCGGCGGGUCACCAAUCUCAGUGCACGUUGUGGCCGGGCCUUAUUCGUUGGAAUCCAACUUGUUAUACGAGCCGCUUGAAGCGUUGAUCGAGGUCGCGUGUGACGAGCGGCCGGAUGUGUUGGUCAUGCUCGGGCCAUUUGUUGACUCCUCUCAUCCUCUCAUCAAGGCCGGGCAGCUCACAGCUUCGCCUGUCGAGCUAUUCCGAGAACAAGUCGGAGCCCGUCUCGCUCGCCUACAUGAUGCCUCGCCUGCCACUAGUGUUGUGCUUAUCCCGAGUGUACGCGACCUGAUCUCCAAGCACGCGGCCUAUCCUCAGGCGAUGUUGGACAAGGAGGGUCUUGGCCUUUCGAAAAAGGUCCGCAUGCUUCCCAACCCCUGUACACUCAGCAUCAACGAGGUGCACAUCGCACUUGCGUCACCGGACGUGCUGUUCCAUAUGCGGCGGGAAGAGGUGUUCCAGCGCGCCGAGGAGGCCGAUCCCGACCCGUCCGCACCACCCAACCCAAACCCCCAAGGCGACCCCUUGGCCAACCUCGUGCGGCACGUAUUGGGUCAUCGGCACUUCUACCCAUUGUUCCCGCCACCUGAGAAGGACGCGGCGGAUGUCAACCUGGAUGUGACGCACUGGCAUCAAUUGAGGAUGCUGGAUGCGCCGGACGUAUUGGUGUUGCCAUCACGUUUGAAGCAUUUCGCCAAGACGGUUGACGGUACUCUGGCAGUCAAUCCAGGCCACCUCUCUCGGACUAAUGCUCCAGGCACCUUUGCAAAGAUCACGAUCCACCCGUCAGACCCGAAGGUGCUCGAAGGCAACGGAGAUGCGGACGACGAUCUCGUCCCACACGAUGUGUACGACCGUGCGCGAACGGAGCUGUGGCGAAUUUAGCACGUGAGCAUGCAUUGUACGAGUGUUGGCAGGGUCAGGCACCG